AUAAACAUAUGAAAAGAGGUUGUGUUUUUACAUUGAACUUUAUAAAAACAUACAAAAAGCCAUGGCUAAUCCAAAUUUAACGGAUAUGACUGAAGAAGACGCGGCUGAUCUGCAGUUUCCUAAGGACUGCUCAUCGAGUAGAACAGAAAAAAUCGAGCAUGACGUUGAACUCGACGUGUCAGUCGUGAAGGAUGAAAUCAUUACUUCAGACCCAACAUGUCGCGUAUGCAAAUCUGCUUUGACGGAGCCUUAUAUUCGUUGCGCGGUGUGUAAUAACACGGAUCUGUGUCCCUUUUGUUUCUCCAGUGGAUCGGAAAUUGGUGAUCAUAAAAACAAUCAUGACUAUAUUAUCAUAAAGAACGAGUUUCCCCUGAUCCACGGAAGUGGUUGGACUGCUAAGCAAGAAUUAGAAUUUCUUGAUAUUUUGCAAGAGUGUGGUUUUGGAAAUUGGGAAGAUAUAUCAAAACGAAUACAAGAAAAGUCACCAGAAGAAUGUAAAAAUCAUUAUCUUCAAUAUUAUAUUGAUAAUCCCAGUUUACCUGGUUUGCCAAGAAUCAAAGAAACUGAAGCAAGUUUAUUUGGUUGUGAACCUAUACCUUAUUUAUUCAAAUUGCACGACUUGGAAGAACCACCACGUUUUGCAACUAACACUCUCAAUUGUAAACUUUUGGCAGGAUAUAAUGCAACAAGGUCAGAUUUUGAAGUCAAUUUUGACAAUCAUGCAGAAUUAUUAGUUUCUGAUUUGAAUUAUGAUGAAUUUGAUGCAAGUGAUGAUCAUUAUGAGUUGGGAAAAGCGCUGCACAUAGCUAUUGUGCAAUCCUAUAAUAAUAGAUUGAAAGAACGUAUGAGAAGAAGAAAGAUCAUACGAGAUCAUGGUUUGAUUGCAUUUAGAAAAACCAUGUCUUGGAUACAAAGAUAUGAAUGUACAGUAACUAGAACCCUUGCAGAGAGAUUGUUAAUUUUCAUGCAAUUAAUGGGUGGUAUAGAAUUUGACUAUUUUAUGGAAGGGCUACAUCGCAUAGGAAAACUUCAAAAUUAUUUGAAUAAACUCUUUGAAUUCCGUAAUAAUGGUCUAAAAUAUUUUCACAGUGUUGUAAUGUUCCAAAAAUUGAGCAAACUCAGACAAGAAAAUGAGAGGGAGAGAAAGCAAUAUUUAAAUAAUCCUGAGUACAGUUGGAAAUCUAUAUUGCCUGGUUGCAAUAUUAAUUCGACUAGUUCAAUGCCAAAUGUAAUCUCACAACGGAAAACAGCACCACCUCUUAUAAUAAAAGGUCUUCCUGGUUAUGAAAAACUUACACAGGCUGAAAGAGAACUUUGUUCAGUUACACGCAUAGUUCCUGCUAAUUAUGUUGAUUUUAAGCAACUUUUAAUAGGAGAAAACAAGAAGAAUGGUUACCUUAGAUUAGCACAAGCUAGGGUUUUGCUUAAAAUUGAUGUGAAUAAAACACGUAAAAUCUAUGAUUUUCUUACUGAAAAAGGAUACAUAAAUAAAUCACAUCAAUGA